AUGGGCGAUCCUCUCAGUGUCACUGCAUCGGUUGUAGGUAUUGUUGCCGCGGCUGUCCAGGGCGUGCAGCUCCUCUCGAACACCAUCGAGAGGAUCCGAAAUGCUCCAGAGGCUGUGCAAAGUAUUCAAGAUGAGAUUCAGCAGCUCAAGCCCAUUCUGACCCAGCUGGAGUCUGCCAUCAAAGAGGGCCGUUCUGGACUCAUUCUAGGCUCGGAAAUCAAGCUUGCCCUCGAAAACUGUCACCGAGUUUGCAUCAAGUCCAGCGAGUCCCUCGAGUAUUGGACGAGGCAUUCUACUGACAGUCAGAUGUCCAAGAUCGACAGUGCAAAGAUAGGGAUUCUCCGCCAGGAUCAGGUCCGAACACUGAAGGAGCAGCUGAACGGGUGUACCAAGAUACUCAAUGUCACCCUUGACACUGCCAACUAUCUAAAAAUGGCUCGCCAAGAGGGCAUGAUAAAGGAACUGGGGGACCAAAUGCUGGGGCAUCUAGAAACCCUCCUCAGCAAAAAGCUCGCAGAGACUAACGAGGAUCGGAAAGCGAUCGUACGGUAUGAGGCCGAAGCCCUGGAGUCAAGUGGGGUUGGGGAUAAACAAGACUUGAUUCGCGAACUUGGUCAACAGCGCGCCACGAUUGAUGCAGUCCAAGGGAUUUGCGAAAAGGCAUUGAAGACCGUUGUAUCCGAGCGAACCGGGCAGACCAUCCGCGAUGUCAAAGCCACGGACAAUAGCAUGGCUCUCACGGGGCUUGUCAACGCAGAGGAGGAAGAGAUACGUAUCGAGCAGGACAUAUCACAAAUUGCUGCAGACGGGCGCAGCAUUGCAGUCGCUGGUGUUGUGAACAAUGUGGAUUUUACAGCCUUGUAUUCGCAAAUGCAGCAGCCGAAGUAG